CUUUGAUUUCUUUCUCCAAGAUGGACUAUAAAGUCAAUACCUUCUAAAGGAAGCCCAAAACGCAAUCGGGUCCUUACCAUAAACGUUGUCACCAAACUCCCUGUGUUUCUCUAACAAGCUUCGCAUCUCAGAAGUCAGAUCUUUAGCCCCGCCAUGUGCUUCUUUGUUCGAUUUAUCAUGUGAAAAGCUAUUGAUUCUCUACGCGUUUCUCAUUUCGCUUUUCAGAAAUCUCCCAAUCAUCUUUAGAAGGUUUUUGAACUAGAAAUUGGUUUCAUCAUAGGGUUUGAGUUCUACUCUAACUUUCUGAUUCAAGAAAAAGAUUUGUUAAGUGUGGGAUUCUACUCCGUCUCUUAGCAAGAUUCUUUAAUCGAAUUAGGGUUUCUGUUCAAAACACAAACAUCUGAUAUUGGGUUUGAAGAAAAACUGACUUACUGUUCUUGAAUUCUAAGCAUUCUGGGUUUAUUCAUUGGUGUAAAUGGAGAAAGAUAAAUCCCCAAAUAUCGGUGGGAAUCUAUUACCUCCUUCUGGGCGACAUUCAGUUUUUUCACCUCAAUCUGGGAACAACUUUGGUCCAAAACCAGAGCCAUCAGGAUCAACACCAUUGCCUCCAAGUCCAAUGGGACAUGUCGCAUCAGAUUCUAGCCCUUUUAGUCAUGAUAUUAGCAGAAUGCCUGAUAAUCCACCCAAACAUUUAGGCCAUAGACGUGCACAUUCAGAAAUCCUGACCCUACCAGAUGAUAUUAGCUUCGAUAGUGAUCUUGGUGUCGUGGGUGGCUUCAAUGGCCCUUCAUUCUCAGAUGAAACUGAAGAAGAUUUGUUUUCUAUGUAUCUUGACAUGGAUAAGUUAAACUCUUCAUCUGCAACAUCAUCGUUUCAAGUGGGUGAUUCAUCAUCUUCUGGAAUCCACGCUUCAGAACCUGCAACAUUGCAAUCUGAGAAGCCUAGGGUUAGACAUCAGCAUAGUCAGUCAAUGGAUGGGUCAACUACAAUUAAGCCUGAAAUGCUCACUUCAGGCCCUGAAGAAACAUCUUCUGUUGAUGCUAAGAAAUCCAUGUCUGCUGCAAAGCUUGCUGAACUUGCUCUUGUUGAUCCAAAGCGUGCAAAAAGGAUAUGGGCAAAUCGGCAAUCAGCUGCAAGGUCAAAGGAAAGAAAAAUGAGAUACAUUGCUGAGCUUGAAAGGAAAGUCCAAACACUGCAAACUGAAGCAACUUCACUCUCUGCUCAGCUCACUCUUAUGCAGAGAGAUACAAAUGGUUUGACAGCUGAAAACAGUGAACUGAAAAUGCGCUUACAAACCAUGGAACAACAAGUCCACUUGCAAGAUGCUUUGAACGAUGCAUUGAAGGAGGAGAUCCAACAUCUGAAAGUACUGACAGGACAGAAUCUUUCAAAUUUUCCUCAGACAUCUUUUUCAUCAAACCACCACCAACAGCCACCACAGCAGCAGCAGUUUUACUCAAACAAUCAAGCCAUGAACAUGAACACCAUGCUAACUGCACAACAGUUUCAGCAACUCCAGAUUCAGUCACAAAAGCAGCAGCAGCAACACCACCUCCACCGCCAGUUUCAGCAGCAUCACCAGCAACAGCAGCAACAGGAGCACCAGUUUCCGGCGGAGAUGAAACAGAGGACCCAAAUGACGAAUUUGCCCCUGAAAGAACAUGGUGCUGAUUUCAACCUACAUGCACCUAAGGAUUGAGAGAAUGUUAGUAAUGGAAUGGAAUAUGGAAUUGGGAUAGAUAUGUGUUUGAAGGGUAUUUCUGUCUUUUUUUUUUCUUGUAGGUUGUUAAAGAUGGAGUAUAUGUUGUGUUUGUUUAGGUUGUUGGUCAGUAGUCGUAUUGAAUGACUUAAUUGCUUUUGGUUGAUGUUGAUGGAUGAAGAAAAUGUCUAGAGUAUAUGGAGGAUUUUUUAUUUUUAUUUUUAUUUUUUUAUUUUUUGAAGUGGUGUUACUGUUACUUUUUCUUUUUAGUUCCCUGAUUACUACCUCAUGUUGUAUCUGUUUAUUAAGGCUAGG